AGCCUGCAUUCAUCUCCAUCCUGCUUUUUUGGCAAGUGUAGCAGCUGGCUAUGAAGGCAAUGCAAAUGAUGCUAACUGAUAACCAUACCUACGUUUGAGAGAGAGAUUCUACAGUGGAAAAUGGGGAAUUCAGAAAGCCAAUACAGUCUUCAGGGAUCAAAAAAUCAUGCUACUGCUUCAACUGGUUCCAAGCAGAAGCCUUGCUCUCUAAAAAUUCGCAGCAUUCAUGCUAAAGAUGAAAAGUCUUGCUCCUUGCAUGGAUGGGGACAUACCAACAGUGGCUCAAACUACAAGUCAAGGUCUCUUGCUAGAAGCUGCCUUUCGCACUUCAAGAGUAGUCAGCCUUAUUCAGCUAGACUUGGUGACACUGUGGUGAAGGCCUCUAAAAGUAACGUCCUUGCCAAACACAGGACACACACCUCAGGGGACUACUGUCCAGGAAAUAAUGCAGUGUUUUUGCCUGAUAAUGGUUUCCACUAUAUUGGCCUUCAAGCUGGAAGUAAUCAUGCUGCUCCCCGAGAAUGCAAUGGGCACAUACUAAAAUGCUACGGAAAGAAUGAGAGUCUUGCAUCAACCUCCCCAUCAGAGGACAGGAGAAGUCCAAAAGUACUUAUUAAAACACUGGGGAAGCUGGAUGGUUGCUUGAGAGUUGAAUUCCACAACAGUAGCAACAGCAAAGUGCCAACUGAGGAGUCCAGUGGGCCAGUCCAGCUGCUGAGGUAUUCACCUACCUUGGAAUCUAAGUCAAAUAAUCUGCUUGAUGUCAGGAGGAACUCCAGUGCAGACUGUUCUUCAAACCAUCGUCUGUCACCUACUGAUUCAAGGCUUCGAUCUAGUAAGGGAAGCUCCCUAAGCUCCGAGUCUUCAUGGUAUGACUCUCUCUGGGGAAAUGCUGGGGAUAUCAAUGAGUUGGAUGGUCCAUAUUUGACUAGGAGCACUCCAGAUACAAGCAUUCAUGCCAGUUUCCCAGCAGGCGACAAGAAGUCCUUCAAUCAAAGCUCAUCUCUUUCCUCACUUCGAGAUCUCUAUAAGGAUACAAAUUUGGAAAGCACUCCUCCACCUGUGAUCAGGCUGUCUGAUGAGUAUAUUGAUACUCAUGGUAGCCUAAGCAACCGUGUAUCAUUCGCCUCAGACAUUGAUGUUCCCUCCAGGGUAGAGCAGGGAAGUCCUGCUCAUUAUUCCUCUUACACGCUCCCAUGUAGGAAGUCCAAGCCCCUCACUGAGGAUGCAUCCAAGAAGGACACAUUAAAAAGCCGAAUGAGGCGCAUCAGUGAUUGGACGGGAAGUCUCUCGAGGAAGAAAAGGAAGUUGCAGGAACCCAAAUGUAAAGAUGGGGGCGAAUACUUUGACAGCAGAAUGGACAACUUCAGCACAGACACGCUGGCACCAUCACAGCAGCCUACUUUGUUGUGGUCACCCAGCUCCAGUCACAUCCUGUCCCAGAGAAGUGAGUCCACCAAUGCAGUCAGCAGUGAUGCCCUGAGGCAGAACAUUUAUGAAAACUUCAUGCGAGAGCUGGAGAUGAGCAGGACAAACCUGGAGAACACUGAGACCUCAUCAGAAACGGAGGACUCCAGCAGCGAGUCCCUCAGCUCCUUGGAGCAACUGGAUUUGUUGUACGAGAAGGAGCAAGGAGUGGUGCGCAAAGCAGGGUGGCUGUUCUUCAAACCAUUGGUGACCCUGCAGAAAGAGAAGAAGCUGGAGCUGGUCACACGGCGAAAGUGGAAGCAGUACUGGGUAACACUCAAAGGUUGUACUCUGCUGUUCUAUGAGACCUAUGGAAGGAAUUCAAUGGAGCAGAGUAGUUUGCCUCGAUACGCUCUGUUUGCUGAAGACAGUAUAGUCCAGUCUGUUCCAGAACAUCCCAAGAAAGAAAAUGUGUUCUGUCUCAGCAAUUCUUUUGGAGAUGUCUACCUAUUCCAGGCGACAAGUCAGACAGAUCUGGAAAACUGGGUUACUGCCAUACAUUCAGCCUGUGCUUCCCUCUUUGCAAAGAAACUUGGGAAGGAGGACACAGUUCGGCUACUGAAAAAUCAGACCAAGAGUCUCUUCCAGAAGAUUGAUAUGGACAGCAAGAUGAAAAAGAUGGCAGAGUUGCAGCUCUCAAUUGUUAGUGAUCCAAAAAACAGGAAGGCGAUAGAGAAUCAGAUCCAGCAAUGGGAACAGAACCUGGAAAAAUUUAACAUGGACCUUUUCCGAAUGCGAUGUUACCUGGCCAGUUUGCAAGGUGGGGAGCUUCCGAACCCAAAGAGCCUUUUGGCUGCUGCCAGUCGUCCUUCAAAAUUGGCACUGGGAAGGCUCGGCAUUUUCUCAGUGUCAUCUUUCCAUGCACUGAUCUGCUCCAGGGAUGAAGCUGCUCUCAGGAAGCGUACCCUGUCUCUGUCUCAAAGAGUCAGAAACAAGAAGGGUUUGUUUUCUUCACUGAAAGGACUGGACACACUAGCAAGAAAAGGAAAAGAAAAGCGACCUUCCAUAACACAGAUUUUUGACUCUGCUGGAGGACAUGGAUUCGCCGGUGUCCAGAAUUCAGCCAACUCUGCUGAGCAGCAAGUUGAUGAAUUUUCGAAUGUCUACUGCUCAGUACCGGACAGCAUCCAGAAGGAGAAUGCUUGGGAAACACAAACGUAUGUUCACUUCUGUGACGGUCAAGGAGUAGCUUUAACUCUGAAACCGGAACACAGGGUGGAAGAUGUUCUGUCUCUGGCAUGCAAGAUGAAACAACUGGAGCCAAGGAACUAUGGGCUACAGCUCAGAAGACUGGUUGAUGAAAAUACUGAAUACUGUACUCCUGAACCAUACGAAUACAUAGUAGACCAGGUGUAUGAUGAAAUAGAAAUUUGCCCAUUAAAUGUUUAUCACAUUCAUCUUACAAAGACUGAAAAUAUAACUGAUUUUGGUUUUGCUGUCACAGCUCAAGUUGAUGAAAAUCAGCAUCUCACACACAUAUUUGUAAGUGAUGUUCUCCCUGAUGGGCUUGCAUACAAGGAAGGUCUACGAGUAGGCAAUGAAAUCCUGAGCAUAAACGGAGAGCCUGUGUCUGAUCUUGACCUUAGGCAGAUGGAGCUGUUGUUUUCAGAGAGAAGCGUAAUGCUCACUUUGAGAAUGAAUCACUGUGGGAGUCAGCAACCCUUGUGUGCAUCCUGGUCAUCAGAUGGUGACAUUUCCAGGGAUCCAAAAAGUUUGUUGCCACCUCCAAACCAGUCACAGCUUCUGGAAGAGUUUCUAGAUAACUUCAGAAAGAAUACAGCAAAUGAUUUUAAUAAUGUGCCCGAUGUCACAUCCAGCUUGAAAAGGAGCAGUACGGAUGGCACUCUGGACCAAGUACCACAGAGGGAGAAGACUGAUCCACCUUUCAGGAGCGCAGAACAGAUCAGUGCAUUGUGCCGGAACUUCCAAGAGGUCCAGACGAGCAGCAUGGAAGGGCAGAAGGACAACCAGGAUCUGCCUCCACGACCACUGGCUCGACACCUUUCUGAUGCAGACAGACUGAGGAAAGUCAUCCAAGAACUUAUGGAUACUGAGAAAUCUUAUGUCAAGGAUUUGAGUUGCCUCUUUGAGCUAUACUUGGAGCCUCUCCAAAAUGAAACCUUCCUUACACAAGAUGAGAUGGAGUCCUUGUUCGGCAGUCUGCCAGAAAUGCUGGAUUUUCAGAAGGUGUUUUUGGAGACCCUUGAAGAUGGAAUAUCUUCUUCCUCAGAUUUUAAUACACUGCAGACACCAUCUCAGUUCCGGAAACUGCUGUUUUCCCUGGGAGGAUCGUUUCUGUAUUAUGCUGACCACUUUAAACUGUACAGUGGCUUUUGUGCCAAUCACAUCAAAGUUCAGAAAGUUCUUGAGAGAGCCAAAACAGACAGUGCCUUUAAGGCCUUCCUGGAUGCCCGCAAUCCUACAAAGCAACACUCCUCUACGCUGGAGUCAUAUCUCAUAAAGCCUGUUCAGAGAGUGCUGAAAUAUCCACUGCUUUUGAAAGAGCUGGUGUCUCUGACAGACAACGAGAGUGAGGAGCACUAUCAUUUGACAGAAGCGCUGAAGGCAAUGGAAAAAGUAGCAAGUCACAUCAAUGAGAUGCAGAAGAUUUAUGAAGAUUACGGCACUGUAUUUGAUCAACUGGUUGCAGAUCAAAGUGGAACAGAGAAGGAGGUGACUGAACUUUCCAUGGGAGAACUUCUGAUGCACUCCACAGUUUCCUGGCUAAAUCCUUUCCCAUCACUGGGCAAAGCAAGAAAAGACCUUGAACUUACAGUGUUUGUUUUUAAGAGGGCUGUAAUACUGGUGUAUAAAGAGAACUACAAACUGAAAAAGAAAAUGCCAAGUAAUGUUCGUGCUGCCCAUAAUUAUGGUGACUUGGAUCCAUUUAAGUUUCGCUGGCUGAUUCCUCUAUCUGCUCUUCAAGUUCGGCUUGGGAAUGCAGCAGGAACAGAGAACAGCUGUAUCUGGGAACUGAUUCACACAAAGUCAGAACUGGAAGGCAGGCCAGAAACCAUUUUUCAGUUGUGCAGCAGUGACUGCGAGAACAAGACUAACAUUGUGAAGGUGAUCCGUUCUAUCUUGCGGGAGAAUUUCAGACGUCACAUAAAAUGUGAGCUGCCUCUGGAGAAAACCUGUAAAGAUCGCCUCAUCCCACUCAAGAACCGUGUGCCUGCCACAGCUAAACUGGCUUCCACCAGGUCCUUGAAGGUACUGAAGAAUUCACCCAGCAGUGAGUGGAACGGUGACCAAGGGAAAGGCACCUUCCAGGACUCUGAUGAGUGCAGCCUGAGCAGCAGCACCCAGAGCAGCAGCUGCAACACCACUGAGAGCAUACAGGAGCCCAAAACUUCAUCUCCUGAUCAGCAUGUACAGAGCUGUGCCUCUGACUUUUCUAAUGCUCUUGUCAAAGAAUCUGAUAUUCUCAGUGAUGAUGACGAUGAUGACUAUCAGAACCUAAAGAAGAGCAGCCCUACUAAAGACAUUGAAAUUCAGUUCCAACGGCUGAAGAUUUCAGAGGAACCCAAUACUGACUCUGAACGAGAUCAAGCUGCAGAAAAGGAGGAAGGAGAUGGUUUCAAGAUGGGAGAACAUCCAAAGCUGAUACGUGGCCAUUUCUGCCCAGUGAAGAGAAAAGUAAACAGCACAAAGCGUAACAGGGGAACUUUAAUGGCAAUGCAGGAACGUCACCAGUCCCUUGACAGCCACUCUGAUGCUGCAAACUUGGACCUGAACUCUAUUUUGGAGAGAGAAUUUAGCGUCCAGAGCUUAACAUCUGUAGUUAACGAGGACUGUUUUUAUGAAGCUGUGGAGAGGCAUGGGAAAUCCUAG